UAGCUCAGUGGAUGAUCACAGAAACUGUCACGAUCACAUGAGUGUUAUCUUCAGCAGUGAGUGUGUAUCCAGAAUGUUUUGUUUGCAUCCACGGGUUUAUUCUUAAAUCUGCAAACUGGGACCUUGUAAGGACCCACCGAAGGGCGUCCGUCCCAAACUUAUUUGAUUGAAAUUAUUAACAGUUAAUCGUACAAAUCCACAUAAACUCCACGCUGGAAUCAACAAAAAUAUCACAAAUACGUAUACACCAAUAGAAAAAAAUGUGUGCAUCGAUAUUUUGUCUGAAUUUAUUAAAGUUGUGGAUAAUUUUCAUCAGGCGUUAUGCUCGGGCUGCUACUGCGUAGUGCCGACUCGGGUUGUGUAUCCUCACUGACAAGAAGCUGUGGGAUUAGAAAACAGUCCAUAGAUACGUGGUUCUCCUUGACUACCGGUGGAAACAUUCUUCUUUAACCUGUUGACGCUGUUAUUCCUCUUUUACGGACGCAUCGUAUCUGUUGUACUUCCUCGUGGAAUAAUGUUAUUAUCAGAGGCUUGGAGCAGAGCUGGGAAACUAACUUGCCAGCUGAGCUAGCUGGCUCGCUAGCGCACAACCAGGCUCGACUCGACGACAUUAAAGGCUGCUGCUGUGGGAACACGGUGUGCUCACGGUGUCAGAUCAAACCCAGCUUUCCCCCGACGAUACUGAUAUACUGAUGGUUUCUCCACCCUGGUUUAUCUUCGGAUGUCACCGUAGUUGUGUAACCACCUGCUCCGAUCGUGGCACAAGCUCACUCGCUAGCAACUUAGCCGGGUACCCGGUGUGUUCGCAGCGUUAGCAGAGCCCCAGCUCUCACUGCGCCGGCUAAAAAUACACGUCUUGUCCCAUGUUCUGAGCCCGUCCAAAAGUGGUGGGCUGGUCCUCGUUGGACUCGUCUUCGUCUUUUCUGGUCACAUCGCUCGGAGUUUGACGCUCUACAUGGUCACUACAGCGAAUUCAAGACGACUGGAAGAGCGAGUCGGACCCCGACGUUGUGAGCCGAGCUGGGCCGAUCUACCGUUUCAUCAUAGCGGCUGGUGGGCUUCGGGUCUUUGGCUGAUCGGUGGCCGGACAUCGCUUUGCCCAAAUGGCCUUGUCCUGUUACUAGCAGCAAUUUAACAAACCUUGGUUCCAGCCCAGGUUUGCAAGACCAAAACUUAUAAAGGUCAGAAAAAGACGCUUUGUUUCCACUGUCAACUGGCUGAGCUCGACGGGACGGACUUCAUCUGUCUGGAGCAGGACACCAUGUCGGAGGAUAACAACGCAGACAAGUUCAUUAAGGAAUCAUCGAUUCUGGAUGAGUACAACAUAAACUGGACACAGAAGUUGGGAGCCGGCAUCAGUGGACCAGUCAGAGUUUGUGUGAAGAAGUCAUCUCAGGAACGCCUGGCCCUGAAGAUCCUCAUUGAUCGCCCCAAGGCCAGAAAUGAGGUGCGUCUCCAUAUGAUGUGUGCCAACCACCCAAACAUAGUGCAAAUCCUGGAGGUUUAUGCUAAUAGUGUCCAGUUCCCACAUGAGUCUAGUCCAAGAGCGAGGCUUCUCAUAGUUAUGGAGAUGAUGGAAGGCGGUGAGCUGUUCCACAGAAUCAGUCAGCACAGGCACUUUACUGAAAAGAUGGCCAGCCAGGUCACUAAACAGAUCAGUCAAGCCUUGGAACACUGUCACUCCCUAAAUAUUGCGCAUCGUGACCUGAAGCCAGAAAACCUGCUCUUCAAGGAUAACUCUCUAGAUGCACCUGUGAAGUUGUGUGACUUUGGCUUUGCCAAAAUUGAUCAAGGAGACCUGAUGACCCCUCAGUUCACUCCUUACUACGUAGCACCUCAGGUACUUGAGGCUCAAAGAAGACACCAGAAGGAAAAGUCUGGAAUUAUACCUACCUCACCCACUCCUUACACCUAUAACAAGAGCUGUGACUUGUGGUCUCUUGGCGUGAUUAUCUACGUAAUGUUGUGUGGCUAUCCCCCGUUUUACUCCAAACACCACAGUCGCACAAUCCCAAAGGACAUGAGGAAGAAGAUCAUGACGGGCAGCUUCGACUUCCCUGAAGAUGAGUGGAGCCAGAUCUCAGAGAUGGCCAAGGACAUCGUUCGCAAGCUGCUGAAGGUGAAGCCGGAGGAGAGGCUUACGAUUGAGGGAGUCUUGGAUCACCCGUGGCUCAACUGCACCGAGGCUCUGGACAAUGUGCUGCCGUCCGCCCAGAUGAUGAUGGACAAGGCUGUAGUCGCAGGUAUCCAGCAGGCCCAUGCAGAGCAGUUGGCCAACAUGAGAAUUCAGGAUCAUAACGUCAGCCUGAAGCCUCUAAACUCUGUCAACAACCCAAUCCUCAGGAAGCGGAAACUUCUUGGCCCAAAGCCCAGUGAUGGUUUCUUCAUCCACGACCCAGAGAAUGGAGGGGAAGACUCCAACGUAGCGCUGGAAAAAUUACGAGACGUCAUUGCACAGUGUAUAUUACCACAAGCUGGAGAGAAUGAGGACGAGAAGCUGAAUGAGGUGAUGCACGACGCCUGGAGGUUCAACAGAGACUGUAAACAGCUGAGAGAAGGUCUGCAGGGGCUCAGCUGGGACGUAUUAAACUAA